GCAGUGCGGUGGUAUUUAUUUGUCAAGGAACAAAUCAAGAAUCAUAAAAAAACAAAUCUUGUUUUUUCCAAACAAACAAUCCAAUCCAAUACCAGAGGUAACCAGUGAGACACUAACUUCCGUGGUAAGACCACAAAAUACGUCAUAACUGCAUGACGCUACUCUAUCAGAUUAAACAUGUCCCAGUCCCAUUUUGCCACGUGAUUUACGACGAGAAAUCGAUAUAUUGUUUUGUGCCACGACACUCCUGCUUUGAAAAAAAUGGAAUAGACUUCUGUCAACCACAUAAUGAACUACACUUCCCAGCAUGCUCACUGGCCAGAGACAGGUUGCACACAACAUCAGCUGCAGAGGACUGUGUAUUUUAAUACACUAAAUGCAGCUAUGCUGAGCUUCUUCGUGAUUAUUACGCUUUGCAUACAUUGCGUGUCUGCGGCGGACACCAAAGUGUCACAGAAUGCCCUGAGCCCCAGUGAGAGCUGUCUGAAGUCGGUGUGGCACAACAGGCUGUACUUGUAUUCGGCUGCCGCACUCGUCUUCGGGAUCUGGUUCUCGCUGAAGGUGGCUCAGAAGAAGAAACGGUUCUCCGAUGAUCCCAAAGCUGGGAAAAGCAACGACAGCUUUGCGGACACUCUGUCUCAUGUAUCUGCAGUUAAAAUAUUCUAUGGCUCGCAAACCGGAACAGCAAAGGGGUUUGCUGUCGAGCUGUCGGAGGCGGUGAAGAAGUCGGGUGUACCAGCAGAGGUGAUCGACAUUAAAGACUAUGAUCCAGACGAUCAGCUUGCCGAUGAGUGCACCAACAAGUCGGUCUGCGUGUUCCUCUUGGCGACUUACACGGACGGGCAGCCCACAGAGAACGCCGAGUGGUUCUGCAAGUGGUUGCAGGAGGCCUCCACCGACUUCAGAUACGGGAAGACCUUCCUCAAAGGCCUCCGAUACGCAGUGUUCGGCCUCGGCAACUCUGUCUACGUCGGCCACUAUAAUACGGUGGGAACCAACGUGGACAAAUGGCUCUGGAUGCUGAGCGCCGUGCGAGUCAUGACCAGAGGAGAGGGCGACUGUAAUGUGGUGAAGAGCCGUAACGGCAGCGUUCAGGCUGACUUUGUGGCCUGGAAGGUCAAGUUCCUGAUGCGCCUCCAGGCUCUGGUUGAGGGCGAGAAGAAGAGCUGCAGCGGGAACUGUAAGACCGGAGGAUCCCGUAAGAGCCAGAGGAGCGAUGGGCAGAAGGAGGAGGAGGAGGAGGAGGAGGAGGAGGAGGAGGAGGAGAAGGAGAACAACAACAGCUCUGAGGCGGACCCGGUCGAGUCCAGCAGUGACGAGGAGGAGUCUGGCCCAGGAGCUGGGAAGAAGUCUGGUUCAGUGAUUGACAUGGAGGAUUUGGGGAACAUCAUGAGCCGUGCCAAGAGGGCAAAGAGCAAAGCGGGUCAAGGAGACCAGAGCCAGAUGGUGAAGCUGUCUAAAGUGAACGGAGUGAAGACGAUUGAAGAUGAGGGGGAAAGAAGAGAGAUGAUCACCCCUGCCCUGAGAGAAGCUCUGACCAAACAAGGGUACAAACUCAUCGGCAGUCACUCCGGAGUGAAGCUGUGCCGAUGGACCAAGUCCAUGCUGCGAGGGAGAGGCGGCUGUUACAAGCACACGUUCUACGGCAUCGAGUCCCACCGCUGCAUGGAGACCACCCCCAGCCUCGCCUGUGCCAACAAGUGUGUCUUCUGCUGGAGACAUCACACCAACCCUGUGGGCACCGAGUGGCGCUGGAAGAUGGACCCCGCUGAGAAGAUCCUGCAAGACGCCACGGAGAAGCACCAGAGCAUGAUUCGACAGUUCAGAGGUGUCCCCGGAGUGCAGCCCGAGCGCUACGAGGAGGGCCUGGCCGUCAGGCACUGCGCCCUCUCCCUGGUGGGUGAGCCCAUCAUGUACCCCGAAAUCAACGCCUUCAUCCGCCUCCUGCACUGCCGCCGCGUCUCCAGCUUCCUGGUCACCAACGCACAGUUCCCUGAGGAAAUCCGGAGCCUGGUUCCAGUUACCCAGCUGUAUGUCAGCGUGGACGCCAGCACCAAAGACAGUCUGAAGAAGAUCGACCGACCUCUUUUCAAGGACUUCUGGCCCCGCUUCCUGGACAGCCUCCGGGCCCUGGGAGAGAAGAGACAAAGGACGGUGUACAGACUGACGCUGGUGAAGGCCUGGAACGUGGAGGAGAUGCAGUCUUACUCAGAGCUCAUUGCUUUGGGCCAGCCGGACUUCAUUGAGGUCAAGGGAGUGACGUACUGCGGGGAAAGCGCCGCCAGCAGUCUGACCAUGGCCAAUGUGCCCUGGCACCAGGAGGUGGUCUCCUUCGUCCAGCAGCUGGCCGACAUGCUGCCUCAGUACGAGAUCGCCUGUGAACACGAGCACUCCAACUGUCUGCUCCUGGCGCACACCAAGUUCAAGGUGGACGGCGAGUGGUGGACGUGGAUCGACUACGAGCGCUUCCAGGAUCUGGUCCAGGUCCAAGAGGAGAACGGUGGACAGCGGGGCUUCUCGGCCCUGGACUACAUGGCUAAGACCCCCGGCUGGGCUCUGUUCGGGGCCCACGAGCAAGGCUUCGACCCCGCCGACACGCGCUUCCAACGCCGCAACAAGACCAAAGACAUCUCAGGAUGCUAAUCCAUGUGAGCGAGUGGAGGAGAGGCAGGGUGAACAGGACGGGCACUAUUCCUUAUAGCAGAAGAAAGGGCUCAAUGUUUAUCCUCGUUUCUUUUUUUUUUGUACCGUCCUUAGCUGACCUCGUUCUUGCUCAAACACUUUGUCCUUCUUUUCAUUGUGUCUUCAAUGUGGAUGCGUCGUUUAAUUGGCUUGAUCAGCCAGAGACUAAUCAAAAAUCGAUCCUUUUCUCGACAUUCCCCCUUUGCUUCCCCGUUAAGCGCUUCUCCUGCUUCCCGUAUGUGCAUAGAGCUGUUUACUCCCCCCCCCCCGCCGUAAGGGUUGUCAUUAUGAAUGUCGAUGGCUUUGAUCCGUAGAAACAUCGGGCGGCACUCGGGAGGGUUUAAUGAAGGCGAGGCAGGAGCUCUCCUCCACGUGUCGUCUGUGGGAGCGAUACUUCAUCCGGACACUGGCGGUAUUUUCCGGUGAAAGAGACUCGGCCUUCUUAUUGCUGCCUUUGUGCUAUUUUUGGGGGGGGUUUUGUUGCACAUUCCUUGCCGUCCGCUUUGCUUAUGUUCUGACUGUACUUUGGCUUUUACCGGUAGUUCUGCCAUUCCAACUCUCCUCUUUUCAUGAGUAACGUCAUGUCAUAAAAUAUAAGAACAUGUUGCUCAUGUUUGUUAUUGACUUUGAGGUAUUUGAGCUCACAUACCGAAGAAUGACGUUAAAAAAAUAACAUCACUGAAGCCACCGAAAGGGAAAAUAUUUCAUCCCGUUUUUGUACUGCGGGUUCCUCCCAGAACACAAAAUUGAGAUCCACAUACUCUCAGGUAUUCACGUCUUGUAUCAUUACAAUUCAUCUCCCUGCUCUCGGGCACAGAGAUGACGAAUAAACUCUUCUCAUACUGCAGGUUUUUAUGUCACCCAAAUCCCAAAUGUCUGCUGUCCACCCAGGAUCAGGUGCGAGUAUGAAGAACGGCAUCAUGGGGGCAGAUGUGGCUUCAUGUUGCAUGCUAGAAUAAAGCCUGAUAUUUUAAUAAAUCCACAUGUAAGAAAUAUCCAAUUUCUUUUCUUUUUUCUUAUUAAUGUAAAUUCAGAUGUGAACCUUUAAGUCUGUUUUGAUUUGUUUUAUUUGGGUCUAAAUCCUGAUGUGAAUGUUUAAGUCUGUUUCAAUUGGUUUCAACUCCCCUUGGGGGAAGCGGCAGGUGUGGUGAUAUAUCGCCGUAAUAAAUGUUUGUGGAUUAA